UCGGAGUCUCCCAGAUUGAUUAGCUUUGACGAUUAUGAGAGUUAUAGAAACAUGCUUGGACUUGAAGAACUCAAAGAAAACUCUCACAUAAGUAGUUCCAGACAGGGAAAUAUGAGCUUCAGUUCAUCAUCGGGCUCUCUCUAAGUAGAGAGGAGGUUAAUCAUGAAGAACAUAAGCUUGAUAGAGCCCAGAUAUAUUCUUAAAUGAGGUACAUCAGGAAAUGAUAGACGAAAUUUAUGAGAGAUACUUAGAAGAUGAAGAUGAGAUGCCAUCGAAUGUACCAUACGAAGAAGAAUUUGAAGAGAGAGAGGAAUCCUUGUUGUCUCUGAACAAAUGCAAACCAGAACAGCAUAAAGAAGUAGUUGCUAUAGAUAUUGAAAACGGAGAACAUGAAAUUCUGACUUGUACAAUUUGAUUGUGUGAUGACUCAGAGAUCUUGAUGAUCUGAAGGUUCUGAGGAAAUAAUGCAUGUAACUCCUGAUGGAAUAGAGUCAUUAAUCAAAGAUCUAAAUGCUUUUUCUGCAGAAAGAGGAUUAAUAAAAGAGAUUUAGUCAGGAAUCUUAUUGCUGAAAGGAUCAGAUAUCAACAGAGAAUUCUUGCCUCUCAAAAUGACAAUAAGCCUACCAAAAAAUGCCCAGAGCAUGAUAAACCUGGCAGGCUGUUCUGAGAGACUUGUUCUUGUUUCUUCUGAUUUCAGUGUAUCAAAGAGUCUGUGCACUCUGGCCAUAAAGUCUGAGAUAUUGAAGAAAACCCUAAGAUCAAGAACAAAAUACUAGAGACUAAUAAAUAUUGAAAUGAGCUAGAAAAAGGAAGAAACCUACUUCUAGCAUCAGUAAAGGAGCAUUCAGAGCUUAUAGACAUCAGUCAGAGCGACCUGGAUAUUUAUGUCGCAAAGCUCAAAGACAAAAUCUUCAAAAGAAUUGAUGAAGAUACAAAGAAUUUGAGAGAAAUAUUGUUGCUAGAAGCUUCGCUCAACACCCAAGCUAAGACUGAGUUGGAUAAAUUUGACGAUGUUGUUAAAGAUCUGGAAACACUCAACCUCAGAACCAUUGAUGUGGAGAAGCUCAGAACGAGUAUUAACAAGCAAGUUGAAAACGAUCAAGCACCAAAUGUCAAAGCAUUGAUAGACACUAAAGAUCUGGAAUUAUGAAAGAACUCAAUCCAGGAAAGAUACUUAUUAGGAUGCGACUCCACAAACCACACAAAGUUCUCUGAAUUCAUGAAGAAGACUCUGAAAGAAGGCACCAGCCAAUUUGUCUAAAUUCAAUCAAGG